AUGAUGGCAAAUCGCACACAGAAGGCCCUCGUCAUCCCGUCCGCCAAAGCCCCCAUCGAACUGCGGGACAUUAUUGUGCCCACUCCCGGCAAAGGCGAGGUUCUCAUCAAGAUUAUGGCCGUUGGUCUAAACCCGAUGGAUCCAAUGCGCCAUAUGAUGGACUUUCUCAUUCCUGAGUACCCCGCAGUUUUGGGCAGUGAUAUUGCUGGUGUCAUCGAAGAGCUUGGUCAAGAUGUAACUGCAUUUCAUGUGGGGGAUGAAGUAUUUGUGCAGACACUGGGUGAUGGAUACCAGGAGUAUGUUGUGCUGCCAACUUCCAUCCUGAUUCGUAAACCACAAAACGUCACUUUCGAUGAGGUUGCCACCAUGCCCAUCACGUUUACAACAUCUUGCGUCGGUCUUUUCGCCCCAGCACCCCUUGGACUUGGACUGAACCCAACAUUCUCCUUCAACAAACCUCAAGCAGGGAAAUCCGCAUUGGUGAUUGGAGCAGGGACGUCUUGCGGACAAUUCGCCAUUCAGCUACUCAAAUUUGCUGGCUUUUCUACCAUUGUUGCAUAUGCUUCCGAAAAACACACCGAUUAUCUGCAAUCGCUCGGAGCCACUCUUGUCAUCGACCGUAAUGCCACUCCUCUCGGAGACUUGGCUGCAUUUCCCGCUCUCCAAGGACUCGCAGGUACGCUGGAUGUUGUCUUUGACACCGCUCUGGGGCUUGGGCCGCCGAAAGCAGAGGACGCGAAGCCCGUCGAUAUCGCAUACGAUCUUGUAAAGUCCUAUGGCGCGGUUCUGACCGUCAAUCCGCGCUUUGUGCUUUCGCGAUCUGGAAAGGAAGGUGUUCAAGUUAUGGCCACAUUGGGAUGGUAUGCUGGUCCUGACAUAUUUCCCCCCAAACGCCCGUUUCCUGGCUAUGCGGCGACUGCAGAGCACACCAAGUUUGGCAAGGUCAUGAUUCAGGCGCUCCCGGAGCUGUUGGAGAAUCGUGUUAUUGUCGGCAACAGAACAGAGGUGCUGCCGGAUGGACUGCAUGGUGUCAACGCGGGGCUCACGAGGUGGUUCAGUGGAGCGGGUGUUAGUGGGGUCAAGCUUAUCGGUCGACCUCAGGAAACAAUUACUUGA